UUAUUAAAUUUAUUUUCAAAAAUAUUAAAGGGUGUUAUAGGAAAAUAUGACACAAAAUAUAGAUUAGUAUAAAGGGACAUAGUUACCAUUUUUCUGCUCUAAAAAAACAGUUUUCCCUAAUAUAUUUUAGAAUCGCAUAUAUUUUAGAAUAAGAGAUGCUUUCGGCACUACAAUGUUAACUCCUCAAUGGUAUUGAAAAGGUGUUUAGUGUUUGUUUGUUCAUAGGGUUAAAGGGCAAAUUAAAGCCAAUUCUAUGCUUAUGAAACUCUUCUGAUUUUUUUUUGAUAAAUAAACUCUGUUAUUGCAACUCGGUUGAUUUAAACUCAAAUGAAACUCCUAAACUCUACGAUUUUUAAUUAAACACCAUCAAAACGUCUAUUUCUAUAUAACUAUUACUAUUUUCAUAGAAUGUAAAUGAUUUAGAUUGGAGGAAUAAACAUCUAUACUAAAAAUUCGACCAAAAAAAAAAAACAUCUAUACUAAAUUCAAAUGGUUCUUUGCUUUAUUAUCUUAAAUGUUAUAUAUAUUAAUUAUUUUAAAAAAUUUCUUGGUUAGUUGGGAAAUUCACCCUAAUUGAAAAAAUAAUUUAAUUCGAUAUGUCAAUAAAAGUGUUCCUCGGCCCUGCAAAAAACCUAUGCACAUUACAAAACACAAUUAUAGUGUAUAUAAAAGAUCCUAAUAGUAACGUGUGGGAUAACUGUGGUGCAGUUAUAAUAGUAACAAAAAACAUAUAGAUAGACAAAUAUAUGUACAGAUUUUUGUUAUUAUUAAUGGCGGUUCAGAACGGUGCGGUUCGUCACAAAGCGAAAGACUGAAAUGUGAGCUGCGUGUCGAACUAUGACACCGAGUAUAUUAAUAACUGUAAAUGUGAGCUUUACAUUAGUUAAGAGUAUCAAUGUGUUAUGAUUAGUGUUAGUUAGGAUAUCACAAUAUCCUAACCAUAGGAUAACUAUAUUCCUUUGUAUAGUUUAGAUACCGUAGAUACCGAUAACUAUCAAAGCUUGUAUAAAUAUACUUCUGUGAUUAAUGAAAGGAUCAUCGAAUCCUAAAGACUUUCAUGGUAUCAUAAGCUUUUCGAUCCUAGGCCUCCUGAUCAUCGCCCCUGCGAUAUCUCUUCCCACUCUCUUUCAUUCCUCUUUCUCUCUCUUUUUUCUAACAUCUCUUCUCUAAAUCUAUCGAUAUCGCCAUGGCUGCCCAUCCCUUCACCGCAUCAGACAAACCUUUUGGUAUCAGUCAGAUUCGCGCAUACAUCCCUAUUAUACUGAAUCUCGACAAAAUGAACUAUGAUGUUUGGAGAGAGAUAUUUGAAACUCAUUGUCUCACCUUCGGAGUUUCGGAUCACCUCGACGGCACCUCCGCCGCUACACCCGAAACUGAGAAAGUCUGGAAAGAACGAGAUGGACUCGUUAAGACGUGGAUCUUAUAUGGUACAAUAACCGAUUCACUAGUCGAAACAAUUCUCACUCCAAAAGCACUGCGCGUGACUUAUGGCUCUCUAUCGAGAACUUGUUUCGUGAAAAUAAGGAGAACCGUGAUUUUCAACUGGAGAAUGAGUUGUGUACGAUCACCAUUGGAGACCUCUCGGUCCAGGAGUAUUGUCGUAAACUCAAAUCUCUAUCGGAUCUCCUUGCCAACGUUGAAUUACCAGUAACUGACCGCCAAUUGGUGAUGCAUUGCCUCAACGGAUUGAAUGACAUGUUUGAAGAGAUUCACAACGUCAUACGACACUGGUCUCCCUUCCCAACCUUCCACACCACACGAUCCAUGUUACUUGCUGAAGAAGAAAGACUCACCCGGCAAGUGAAACCGGCUGCUACCCACAAUGACGGUGCUUCAGCACCUAAUGUGCUCUUUGCUGCAGACAACACAUUAUCUGACUCUACAAACCGCAAUCACAACAACAAUAGCAGAGGAAACAAUAAUCAGAACCGAGGCCGCAACAACAACAACAACAAUAGAGGAGGGGGUCGUGGCAACCGAGGAAGAGGGCGCCAUAACAACAACUACUCUGCUUCACCAAACUUCGCUUACCCUCCAUGGAGCUACCCACAACAACAAUGGCCCUUUCCCUACUAUGCAGGAGGACAUCCUAUGAUGCCCUUCGCGGCUCCGUACACUCCUGUUCCAGCGUCAUCUGAUCAGAAGCAAACAAGCAUACUUGGACCAUACUCUCCACAACCUCAACCCCAGGCUCAUAUCGCUCAGAACAUCUCACCAACUGCUGGAUCUCCAACAUUCAUUCCGCAAGCCCUCGCUCACGCAUUCAACACUAUGAGUCUACAAGAUCUCGCUGCCUCAGCUUGGUACAUGGAUAGCGGAGCCACAAACCACAUUACGGCUCAGCCAGGUACACUCUCGUCUGUGUUUAACAUGAGCAUAACUCCUUCUGUCCGAGUUGGGGAUGGAUCUAUUACACCUGUUACUAAAAUGGGCAAUGCUUUGAUCUCUUCUCCUUCUAAAAAGCUUCACCUUGAAAACGUGCUUGUCUGUCCCUCUUUUAUUAAAAAUCUCAUUUAUGUUCGAUAAUUUGUCACUGAAAAUAAAUGUACUGUCGAAUUUGACCCGUUUGGUUUUACUGUUAAGGAUCUUCUGACCAGGACCAAACUUCUCCGAUGUGACAGCUUCGGACCACUCUACUCAGUGACACCUUAUCGCCCUCUGCAAUCUUCUCUUGCUCUUUCCGCGGAUAGCUUUCUCUGGCACAGGCGUUUGGGUCACCAGGGUAGUUCAAUAAAUCGUACUUUACAUUCUUUGGGUUUUUCAAAUAAAAAUGCAGAUAUGACAACUUUGUGUCAUGCAAGCAAACUGGGGUAAAAAUGUUCGUCUCCCUUUCAGUUCAUCUUCAACUAUUGUUACUGAACCAUUUCAAAUAAUACAUUCAGACAUUUGGACUUCUCCUGUUUCCAGUGUCUCGGGUUUUAAAUACUAUCUUUUGUUCUUGGAUAAUUUUUCUCAUUAUAUUUGGGUUUAUCCAUUACGUCGUAAAAGUGAUAUUUUUCGAUUAGUAUAUGUUUUAAUUGUCUUUAUCGAGUAGACGUUAGUGAACCAAAAUCAGGUAGCUAUGGUUCCUACCAUUGUUUAGGCUUAAUUCUUAGACCAAUAAUUUUUUUUUAUCUGAACUAAAGAAUAUUACUAGAGUUGAGCACAUGCAAGAAAUUCUUAUGUAUAUUUUUGAUAAUCUAAUUUUUUUAUAUUUUGAAAACUAUUGUAACUUUUCUGCAUCAUCCUAGGUAACGAAACAAAAGUGCGUGUUUGGUGCAAGGCUUGAAUUCAUCUACGAAAAUUACAAAACAAUGCUCAAUAAAUCACUCUUAGUAACGAUUAACGAAACAAUAGUAACAAAAACCAAAUGCAUGUCUGUUUUGGUGCAAUGCUAUCAAACCAACAAAUAUUCCAUUGAGUUAAAUAAUAACUCUUAUAAUAUCCAUUUGAUGAACAAAAAAAAAAACGAAUGUAUGUAUGAAAAGGAGCGUAUGGAACUUUAAAGAAGUAUAUGGUUGGUGAUUAGCCUGAAAUAGAAAGGGGAUAGAAACUCCCACGUUCGUUUUCUUGAUUUUUUUUUAUUAUUAUGAGACUUUGUUAUUUUUGGCGGAAUCGAUUCUUGAAGCAUUAUUUUUGUAAAUGACUUGACACCCCAUAAGCUUGAGGUCGAUGCCUCCUCGGUAUCUUUUUUUAAAGCAUUUUCUUUUUAUGUUUUCUUGGUAGGUUUGGUUUCGGCUUCAUACGGUGGCAAAACAAUUCUUACUUUUAACAGAAAUAUUCUUCUCAAAAAUAAUUUUGGUAAUGUUCUUAUUUAGUACAUAAUGUUUUAUUCAAAUAUUUUUUUAGCCGUAGAAAAAGCAACAAUAUUGGUUAGAAAACAAUAUAGGAGGAAGCUUUAGAAAUACAUCUUUGUAGUGUUGGAGAAUAAAAACGGCUUUUGACGUUAACGUCGAGUAUUCGUGUUCUUCAUAUUCUCCUUUUUUGUUAUUACUAUAAUAAAUUUAAAAAGUUAGAUGCUGGUUUAAUAGUACUUCACCAAUUAAGGAACUAGGUCGUUAGAAAAAAUUCGAGUUUCUUCCUUUUUAUACUUUUAUCGUGUGGUUUGCGUAUCUAUGUUCUUUAUCGCUUGUCUUAUUCACAGGCCUGCUUAUUCAAGAUCACUUUCCGAUAAAAAUAAAAAUGUGACACUGAAUCUGAGCUUCAUUGCAUAUUUAGAGGCAUUAUUGUUAUAAAUUUUGGACGGUGCCAAUGAAACCACCAUAUAUAUUGCAUUUUAAAACAAAACUAUUUGAAAGUUUUCAUCAUUUCAGUAAUAUACAUAGAACAAAAAGCAAGUUUGUAAUGUCCAAAGAAGUAAACGCAGCCGAAACACUCUACGAGUAUAAACUUCAAAAAAAACGUUUUUAUUUUAUUUUUGCUAAUUUAUCCCUUUCGCUGCUGGUUUCUGGUUAAUAAGGCCAUAUGAUGGCGGGCAAUCAUCUUCAAGUUAAUAGUUACUCACAGUAUUUAGUAAUUAGUACCAAGCUUUCGAUAUUGUUCGAGCACAUAUAUAUGCGCAUUAAUAGUGUCACGAAAGGUGGCUAUGACGGUAUUUUUUUCAAAUUGCACACUUUACUUAUGUUAAUAGUGUCACGAAACUCCUCAGAAGGUGCACAAAAAUAGAUGUUCAAAUCUGUAAGUUCAUAUUGUGGCUAGUACUACGUGUUCGAGUGCAUAUAAAAUAUGUAUUAUCAUAAAGUAAAGAACACAUAGAGAUUUGUUAACGGGGUUCAUUUUCUAUAUCCCCGGGACUUCGUCCAGAAACUAUUCAUUAGAAAAGACUGCAGCAAUCUACAAUUUCUAUAUGGUAUCCAUCACACAUUUGUGCCUACUACCAUUAUCUAGAUUACAAUGGUUUAGAGCAACUACUAUUCAUUAUUUUUUUAUGAAAAACAUAGUUUUCUAUAACUAAACCACCAAAAAAUCUCAUCAUUUGUCUGGUGGGACGACGCCACACACCUGUGUGUCUCUCUCAAGAAUACCUUGGGCACGUGCAUGUUUCUUUGACGGCCUCGUGGUAUUUAUGUGAUUGCUAAAACCUAAACCCUAAGAUAUUUAAGCAAUUUUUCAUUUUUCUUCUCUUAAGAAUAAGGAAGUUAUUCCACAUCUUAAAUAAACUAUUUAAAAUGAUUACCUAACUCAGCAACCACGUCUUGGCUUGUAUAAAUCGAGUCCAUGUUGUCCACUUAUGUAUUUCAGCAGACGAUUCACAGCUCAGCUUUCUGAAUGACUUCUUGUACCACUUUAUGUAUAACUUCCUAUACUUCUCCGAGAUUAGUACACAAAUACUAUAUGUGUUUGAUACAUCAGCAACGCCACAGCCAUGAUCAGCACGGCUAUCCUCAAAAUCGACAAAGCUAACAGCAGUAUAGGAAACCCUACCAGCAAAAUAUGCACCUCUACCGGCAGUAUAUACACCGCCCCCACAAUCAAAACAGCCGCCACCACUACCAGAAGGAUGGUGCCACUGCCUUUGCCGCUACUCAAACAGUGUUCUUUCUUAUGAUAAUAACAUAGUCAGCAGUCAAAACUCAUAGUGAGAAAAGUAAAAAACCUUACCUUAUCAACACAAUGGUUCAAAAUUAAGUUACUGUUCAUUGUUUUCAAAUUAUAUAAAAAAUAAGCAAAGACUAAUGUAAUGCUACGUGGAACCCAAAAGAGAAAGGUAUACAUAUGACUCAAUAUAAAUGAAAAUACCAGAGACGAAAAUAUAAUUGAGCAGCUCUGAUAUGAAAAACAGAGAAGUGAAUGCACAUAAAAUAGAACUGAAUGCUGCACACUUAGGGGAAGUUAAGGGUCAGAGCAUACUAGAGUAAAACACUAAACGUAAACUUGAGUUUAUGACAAGAAAUAUAUUCAUGAGACAUUAUGUCAACAUAUGAAAUUGAGUGAUGGAGUUUGACACGAUAGCCAAUCUAUUACCCGGCAUCUUCAUUCUACGACGAUGGAUCUUGGGAAUAAUUUGGCGGAUAGUAAGACUAAGAGGACUGUAAUGCUCCUGUCCUCCUCUCCAUUGUUUCAACAGCCUUUUUUUAAGCCAUGAGUCCACUCUAUUCAAUGGCCAGGAGCGUUAAUUUGGAGGUUCAAAAGACUUAUUUUACUGAUCUUUUUAUUAUCACAUGAUUUUUCUCCGUGUUUCGAUCUUAUUCGCAUGGUAUCUCGAACCAGUUUUAAAACAUUUCAUUAUUCCAACUCAAUCACGUUUAAUUCUUAAAAAAAUUAGAAAAUUGUCCAAGAAAAUAAAUACAAUUUUUUUAGUAUCAUAAAUAGUCAAAUCAAUUUUUUUUAAAAGUCUUUUUACAUAUAUCUUAUGCCGGGGAUUCUACAAAGACAAAUUUGUCAUGUACUAUAAAUCAAAAUAACCUUUUGUACCUAAAGGAUUACAGGGUCAAGCAGCUUCUUUCCCUUUCGCACCUUUGUACUAUGAGUCUUUUUAGUACUAAUACCCUUUUGUUAUGAAUAUUGCAGUUAGCCCUAGCAUUUGAGAAGAGGUGACGUUUUAUGACAAGAUUCUCCGGUCUAAUUUAGAUUUUUGUAAUCAGCUGAUGAUUUUAUAUCUUUAUAACUCUGAUUAAUGUAAAGUAUUGCUUAUAAUUUCAGUCUCAUCUCUGUUUCUGCAUUGACAAGUUACUUGUAAUUCAGAAAAAUCUUGGAAAAUCUUUAUCUUUGUAAAUCAUUUAUCAAAAGCAAAGAUUUUUCAACAUUUGAGAAGAAAAAACAAACAAAACAAGACUCUUUUUAUCUCAAACAAAAUACAGCGAGUCUCGACGUUGUACGUUAAUAAAAAAUCAUAAUGAGCUCAGGGAUAUAAUGAGGCCCAAAUCUCCAACUUCGCGGCUUGCGGGGAUGUCUACCUCAACCGCCGUCAUAUCUGCUGGAUGCUCAUCAGAACAAGUUAGAUUGACGGAACUUGGUUCGUUAGUUUGGAACAGGCGUACUCGCAUUCUGCAUAUAGGACAAGUAGCUUGCUACUCAAGCCACGCGGCGAUGCAAUGGGCAUGAAACCAGUGUUUACAGCUCGGUAAAAUCUUGGCUUUGUCUCCGUCGGCGAGCUCGGAGAGGCAAAUGACACAUUCAACACCGUCCUCAAAGCUCCGAGGGUUAAAAUCAACGACGGGGAUUGAUCGGAUGAGGAUGAUGGGGUCAACACUGGCCAGCUCCGUGAUGUUGAUAAUAACAAGGUCAUUACUGGUACCAGAAACAUCCUCAUGAUGAUCAUUGUCGGUGUCAUCAUUAUCAACACAAUAACAAUUAUAAGCGCAAGAUAACAGGAGUCCAAGCAACACAGGAAUGGUAAAAAUCAAAACCAUUGCGGGCAUUCUUGUCACCAGGAUUAGAAGUCAAAUUCCCCAGUGCUGCUAGGCCAAUAGUAAGCAGAGGGACGAAACACACAAGUGUUAUAAAAAUAUGGCUCAUCUUUGAAUCUCGCAGUCGCAGCAAUAUAUGUGUUUCUUUCCACAAUAGUGGAAGGGGGACGGAUAAUAAAAGUUGUAUACGAAGUCGUAAUGAUUUUAUCCCAAAAAAAAGUCGUAAAUGAUUUUGGUUUGUUUCAAACUUUCAAUUAACAUAUGUAUAUAAUAUAUAAGUUAACGCAUACCAUCUAAACUAUUAACACAUGAGUACAAAUUUAAAAUAGCCCUAAUUUUUAUAAAUAAUUACAGUUUCAUGCCAUUGAAUAAAUCAAUUAAUACAUAAAUAACAAAAUAAUUGGAUUAUUCACUUACCAAAAAUAUUUACACGUGUACUUAUACACAAUCCUUCACAAUAAUAAUAAGCCGAUUGGUUUAUAUAGAUGUAUCUAACAUUAUACAAACCUUCAAGAUUGUAUUGUUUAUACAUAUAUCGCCUAUAUCUAACAUUUAUUUCAUGAUCAAAGGAAACCUGUGCUUUGAGAUCAACAGUAUAUUACAAACUUAUACGAACAAUAACAUCAAAAACUUUGUUUGAUCAUAAUAGAUAUAUAACUUAUAAGUUAGUACCAUGUUUUGUGUAUGACAAUAAAAUACAAUAAUAACGAACCUGUUAUGUGAAAUGUUGUAUAGUUUUACACACUCUUAGACAAACAAAAAUUUUUACUUCAAUUAUUGUAUAGUUAGUAUUAAAAUUUAUGACACAUUUUGUUUUAUAAUAUAUUUAGAUUGUAAGAUAAAAAAAAUCAGUUAUUGAGAUUCCUCAAAAUAAGGUGACUACAUUCAAACAAAUUUGAAGUUUUAAAUUGUUUUCAACUAGAUUUUCACGAGAUGUUAAUAUAGACAAUAUUUUUUAUAUUUAUUUAUUCCUAAAAUGUUGACUUGAAUAUAUAAAUAUUCCUUUUUACAGUCUUUACCGAAUAUGUAAAUAUACUUCCAUAAAAAAAUCGUAAAAAUAUUCAACUUUAACCUAUAUCCACAUAUGUUUUUAUUAUUUUUUAAAUAUUGAUAAUAAGUACAUGUAACCGACUAUACCAUAACUAAUUUCUUUCCUAUUUAAAAUGAUCUUGCCAAACAAUAAUUAUAUUCAAUAUCAUCUUCCUAACAACAUAUUUGAUUUUUUUUUUUAAAAUUAUAUCUAAUGGAAAAAAAUAUUUUAUUAGCUGAAGAAUAUUAGUUAACUCAUAAUUUUGUAAAUAUGCUAAAACGUAAGAAAACUAACACUAUAAUGUAAAAUAAUAAUUUUCCUAAAAUGUUUACAAGACUCUUUUUUUACUUUGAAAAUUUAGAUGAUAUAUACGUAUUCUUUUUUAUUUAAUAAAAUAUAUAAAUUUUAUAUUAGUUAAUAGAAAAUAUUUGUAAUGGAAUAUAUACAUAUUGAUUUUUCCAAAAAAAUUCAUCUGCUACUAAUUUUCAUAUAAAAUUGGAAAGCAUAGCAUAUCAUUUUGCUAGGAAACAUGUGUAUUUUUAAAUUAAACAAAUACAGUAAUCUUCACAAGCAUAUUAAAUAACAUGAUUUAUAAAAAAAAAACACAUUAGAAGAUAUCUUAUUUUUUAAUUUGUUUAUCAAAUGACAAAUAAUGAUCUUUAUAACAUACCAUCAAUAUUUAAAAAAACAGACGGUGAUGAGCCUAUGAAACAUAUAAAUUAUAUUUCAAUUUGGGUCAACAAGUUCAAAUAAGUCUUAACAAUAAUAUUUUGUAUAUAUGUAUUCAUAUGGUAAUAUAAUUUGAACAUAUAUAAUUAUAUAUGUACUUUACUAUUUAAUUUGUUUUCUUUCUAUAACCACCAUCCACCUAUCCACUUUUUUCAUCAUUUACACUUACAUCUUAACGCAAAAAAAAAAUAUUUUAACAUUUUUAGAAUUAUGUAUACAAAACUUUCUUCUUCGUAUUAUCUAUAAUUAUAUCCAGUAUAAUAACAUAUUUAACUUUUUUUUUUGGCAUCACAUAUUUAACUAAAUCAAUGCAGACUGAAAUAGAAAAAAACUAUAUCUGAUGUACUACCUUCUAAAGAAAAAAAUCAUUGAAAUAUAAUUGAAUUUGUAACCGAUUUUUCCAAUAAAAUCAGAUCACCAAUUAUAACGAUCGGGUUUUGGCCAAUUUUAUUAGGUCAACACAAAGUUGUUUUAGGAAACCAUGUAUCCGAUUAAAUAAAAGAGUCACAUUGAACGAUUCCAAAAAACCGGUCUAAUUAAUCAUACAACGCAUAUCAUUUUGUUUGCCUAAAAAUCUAAAAACAAUAUACUAACAUGUAAACAUAGUUAUAAAAUCAUGAUAAAUCUUAAUUGUUUUUUAAGGUAAACAGUUACCUUAAUUAGACCAUAAUUCUAGUUGUUCUUAAAAGAAAAACUUACUAAACUGUUUUUUUUUUGAUAAAUCCUAUCGGUUGAUAAUGUCGUCCUUGGAAGGAAAAAAACUUACUAAACUUGAAUAAACCAAAAAGGUAAAACUAAUUAAUUUCCUACUUGAAAUGGUUAACUAGACCAUAACCAUAAAGACCGGAUUUGUGUUUGAUCGACCUUAAGAAAACGUAACUUCCGGGAAAUUAUCUUUAUAUAAAUUGCCUUGUAUGCAGGCUGUGUGUGUGUGUGUUUUGUAACACAUGUAGUGUAGGCAGUGUGUUAUAAGAGCAUGUACAACCCAAAGACCCAUUACGGGUAGCUUAACUAAUUUUUAAUAGUAAUUGUUGGCUAAGAGACUUAGCUAAGAGUCGGUAGCAUUUAAUGUGGUCCAAUGCUAAUCUCUUAAUUAAGAGUUCUUACAAAUAAAAAAUUAAUAAAAGAAAAUUUUUUAAAAAUAUUUCUUAAAUAAAACAUAGUAAAAGAUAACAUUUUAAACAAAACAUGAAACAAAGAUUAAUUAGUACAAUAAACGAGAAUAAAAGAAGCAUCACAGCUCAGUUGUUGUCUUGAUCAUGUCUAAAUUUUUGUCAUAUAUGUUCAACCAAAUCAUUUUUCAGUUGUUGAUGCAUUUGUCUAUCACGAAUUCUUCUUCGAGCAUCCAUCAUAUUAGCGAUAUUUGUAGGGAUAUCUGUAUAAUACGUGAGAUCGACAUGUGAACUUUUGUUGUCUUCUGCUUGUUGGAACUCUGAAACGUCAAAUUGAGUGUAUCCAUCCUGUUCAUCUUCUAUUAUCAUAUUAUGGAGUAUGAUACAAGCUCUUAUAAUCUUCCAAAUUUUGUCUUUAUCUCAAAAAAAGUGCUGGAUUUUUAAUAAUGGCAAAGCGAGGUUGGAGGACUCCAAAAGCACGCUCGACAUCUUUUCGGACAGCUUCUUGAUGUUGAGCAAAUAAAACUGCAUUCGGGCCUUGUGGAAAUGGAAUUGAUUGGAUAAAAGUUUCUCAUUUCGGAUAAAUACCAUCGGUGAGAUAGUAAGCCAAAUGAUGCUCUCUUCCAUUGACAGAGUAUAUGACUUGCGGAGUUUGACCGUUUAUUAUGUCAUCAAAAACAGGUGAGCGAUCAAAUUUUUUUUUUUUGCCACCCUAAAGUUUAUUAUUAAUUAUCAUCAGUUAUAUCAAGAUGUUUAAGAAAGGAUGGACAAAAAAAAUAGGAUGUACAUAAAUGAUAUAUGAACUAUGAAUAAUAUUUUGUAAAGCUGAUUUAGAUAACACAUUUGCACAUCCAUCCUUUUUUAUGCAUAAAUUCAAUUUCUUCGGAAGUUAUUCCACAAAGAGAUCGUAUGAGAUAUUGUUUUGAUAUUCAGAUUUGUUUUUUGACUAUUAAGAAGAUUGAUAACUGUAAAAAUAUCUCCUUUGAAAAUGAUAUGUCUAUAACCAAGUCCCCAACAUGAAACAAGUUUGUUUAAAAAGUAAAUAAUUUUAUUUUUAUUAUAUUAUAUAAUAAAUAUAUAUUAUUUACUGAUAAUCAAAAUAUAGUUAUUCAUCUAUCACAAAUAUCUAUGCAAAUAUGUGAAUCAAGUACAACAAUCAAACAACAUAAUGAUUUUCACAAAGAAAAUUUAAAAAAUAUAUUUAUGUUAUGUAGUCUUAUUUUAUAUUUUUUAAAUAAUGUAAUACAAUAUUAUACAUUAUUUUUAGAAUCAAAAAAUACAUCUAAUAUCUUAUCUGCGCGUAAUGCAGUUAAAAAAUCUAUAAUAGUAUAAUAACCAGUGACACAAGCGACAUGGUCAUCGUACUAUAAUUAAAAGAGGGCCAUAGCAUCCCAUGUUUUUUUUUUUUUUUUUUUUUAUAGCAUCCCAUGUUGUGUAGUGUUUUUAAUUACUAUUGUCUGCAUUUCGACUCUGUUUUUAUACACAUUUACGUUGAUUGUCUUACAGAGAAUAUUAAAGAGACUUCCAUGUUCCUAUGUUUGUACGUAUUAAUUUUUGGAAUUGAAAUAAGAUCGACUCUGUCUUUCACAUUAAAAAAAUCCAUGUCUUCUACUCAGCCUCUCGACCCUCUCUAACGGUAGGAACUGGAUCAGAGCUAACGGCCCUAGGCUUAAUAUCAAGAAGAAAUGACUUUAGUCGCCAAAAUUUAUUUAAGAAGUUACCAAUUGUAAAACGUGUUUUCAGUAUCGUGGUUGGAGACGUUUUUACACCAAUCCUAUAGUGCCCAAUAUUAUUGGACGACACUGUGUAGGAUAAAGUCCCGAACCAGCAGCGUAUGGCCUUUAUCUAAUAUCUUUUACACUUGUUUUAGUUUCAAUGUUUUCGUGACGUUCAGUUACAAGGUUUGUGGGUUUCUUUUCUUGUUCUGUCAACAAAGACAUUUCUUAUACAUACAUCCGCAAUUAAUCAACUUGUCUGGAUUAUUUUCUUGUGUUUAAUUUUGUGGAUUUCAAAGAUCUAGGUUGAUUGUUUCUAUAGGAAAAGGCAAGAAUUUGUUAUUUCCUUUGGAACUAAGCCUUUAGUCAUAUGAGACGAUGAAGACUGUUUAAGAACAGAACAACGUCUGUAAUUUGUUUUAAAUGGAGGGACAACAGGUGUGACCCCCCCCUAGAAGAUACUAGGUGUGACACCCCCUAGAGACAAUAGGUGGGACUCACCAAGAGCUCAUGUCCUAUGUACUUCCAUAUCUAAUAAUAAAAUUUAUUAUUAAAAAUAUAUUUUUAAAAUACAUUUUAUAUCAAAUAUAAAUUCUUAUAAAUUACGGUAAAAACCUGUAUAUAUAUUAUAAAUUUAUACAAGAUUUACUCAUACAUUAUAAGAAAUAAAUAUUCUUAAAUAUCACUAAAAUGUUUUUUGUCCCAAAAUAUAUAUAAAGGAAAGAUCCCAUAUAAUGUUUACUAAAAAGGAAUAUAUAUAUUUAAUUAUAAAUUAUAUAAUUAAUGAAGUGCAUUAUAAAUAAAAUGUCAGUAUCCUUAAGAAGUAUAAACAAUAAACUAUUAUAUAUAUUAUAAUCGAGUUGAAAGUUUAUUGAUUAAACAGAAGACCAUGUGUCCAUGUUGUGGAGGGUCGGAACCAGCCGGCGUCUGAGAUUGCGCAGAGUGUCAUAAAAGAGAGUCGGUUCUCAUCUUAUAUAGCUCGUGGGGUCCUCGCUGGCUGCAGGAGCUCUUAGUGCGGAGGCUACGUUAAGGUGAUUUGCUGGUACAAAGUAGAUCAAGUUUGCCUCUUGGCCAUUAUCCUCUGUAAUUUUGGUUUUUUCCUUCCAAGUAUCUUCUGAUGCUUUUGUCGUUGUUUUCUCGUUGUUGCCUUCGUUUCGGAAGGUAUGUUCUUUCCCUUGUACGUUGCUUGUUCCACCAAGCAUAUCAUUUCAGUGUUAAAAAAACAUAAGACCAAUUUAAAUUGGAAAUGUGAUUUGAGUUUCGAGACUUGGAGAAAACAAUUUUUUAAAAUAAUUAAGCAGAUGAAUGAAGAAAAUUUUAUAUAAAUUAUUAGUAUUGUAAAGAUAGAACCGUUAAACGUGAAUAUUCCACGGUUUAGAUAAUACAAUCUUCAUAACACAUGUAUAACUGUAUAUUGUUUCGUCUGUAAUAUCUUUUCAUAAUUUUAAUAGAAUAAUAAACAAGUGUUCAUUUUUUUUAAUUUGAAAAGGAUUCAAACCAUUUUUGAAAUUAAACAUGACAUGUAAUUCACAUAAUGAAGUUUAAUUAGUUUACAAAAAGAAUCUUACUAAAGGUAUUUUUAGAAAGUUUUCAAAAUAUUGUAAAAUUUUAGUAAUACAAAUUAUUAUGUUGGAUAGAUCAAAAUCAUGAGAACUCAACAUAAAAUAUCUCAGAUGAGAUAGUUGGGAUAAGUGUCAUGAUUUGAAAUAUUCAUGUUUAGAGACACACAAAUAUAUAUAUAUAUAUAUAUAUCAUUUUGAAAAAUCUGAGACAGACUGUUCAUAUCUAUUAGUAUUCUACGGUUUAGAUAAUACAAUCUUCAUAACACAUAUUUAACUGUAUGUUGUUUGGUUUGUAAUAUCUUUUCAUAAUUUUAAUAGAAUGAUAAAUAAGUGUUAUUUUUUUUAAUAUGAAAAGGAUUCAAACAUUUUUUUGAAAUUAAACAUGACAUGUAAUUCACAUAAUGAAGUUUAAUUAGUUUACUAAAAGAAUCUUACUAAAGGUAUCUUUAGAAAAGUUUUCAAAAUAUUGUAAAAGUGUAGUAAUACAAAUUAUUAAGUUGGAUAGAUCAAAAUCAUGAGAACUCAACUUAGAAUAUCUCAGAUGAGAUAGUUGGGAUAAGUGUCAUGCUUUGAAAUAUUCAUGUUUAGAAACACACAAAAAUAUAUAUAUUAACAUAUAUUCUUCCUUCUGAAAAAUCUUAGACAUACUGUUCAGAUCAAUUAGUAUUCUACGAUUUAGAUAAUACAAUCUUCAUAACACAUAUAUAACUGUAUAUUGUUUCGUCUGUAAUAUCUUUUAAUAAUUUUAAUAGAAUAAUAAAUAAAUAUUAUUUUUUUUAAUUUGAAAAGGAUUCAAAUAGUUUUUGAAAUUAAACAUUACAUGUAAUUAACAUAAUGAAGUUUAAUUAGUUUACUAAAAGAAUAUUACUAAAGGUAUCUUUAGAAAAGUUUUCAAAAUAUUGUAAAAUUUUAGUAAUACAAAUUAUUAUGUUGGAUAGAUCAAAAUCAUGAGAACUCAACAUAAAAUAUCUCAGAUGAGAUAGUUGGGAUAAGUGUCAUGAUUUUGAUAAUGUAUUUAAAUAAAAAUAUUUUAAAAUUUUGAAUAGGUAAUUUACCAACUUAAUCUAGUUUGUCUUACUUAAUUCAUAUAAUACUUCUAUUUUAAUAUAAUAACCUACAGUUAUACAAUUUAUAGAAAAUAACAUAUAAAAUUUUAUUUAUUUUUAUAAUACUAUUUUAACAAAUAGUAAUUUACAAUAAUAUUAUGUUACUGAUCACAAAAUUAAUUAAUUCACUAUAUUAUAAAGAACUAUUUACAUGUGUUUUAGCCAGGGUGAAUUAGAUACCUGGCUACAGUAAGGAAAAAAUUAAAGAAAUAACCAUAUAAUAAAAUAAGACUUUUGACGUGACAAUUUGGUAAAAAGACUGACUACUUUCUCUUUGAAUGUGCGUGGCUAUUUCUCAGUUGUGAUAUACAUUGUUGUUAUGUUAUACAGAAUUUGACAUAUAUAUAAUAGAACAAUCGAUUAACAUCAACAACACAUCACGGGGAGGGGGUGAGAGAGAGUUUAUAUUCUAUGUUUCCUUAAUAAAAUAGAACACAACAAAACAAUGUAUCAUUUGAAUAUGAAACUGACCAAAAGAUCAUUUCAUACUGAAAUGGAUUUUCAUGUACACACUCUUCUGAUUAGCACUUUUUUAAUCAGAAAUUAAACUAAAGUAAUACUCUUCCAACCAUAUGAUGGUAAGGAUGAUUUAAUUGGGUCUAAAGGAUCCAAUUUCCGAUAAUAUCUCCCUUUAAAGACAUUUGCAAACAAAGAUUCUGGAUUAUCAAUCAACCCCUACAAUUGUUUUGCUAAUAAAGCACUGUUAAAGUCAUGUAAAUCAGGAAAUUUAAACCUCCUAUGUCUUUAUGUAGACAUAAUUUAUCCCAUGAAUAUCAAUAGAUACCUUUAGUAAUUCUAUUAUUAUUCCACCAAAAGUGUGCUACUAUACUUGUCAGUUUACUAUCUUUGGAAGCCGAAAACAUAAUAUAACAUAUAUUCGCAUUCCUGAUGCUACUAAUUUUAUAAGGACUUCCUUCCCUUUUUUUUGUAAGAAACCCAACCGUCCAACCAUUUACUUUGUUGUUGCUAUGUUCAUUAAGAAAUCCAAAAAUCUUACUUUUUGAUCCCAUGACUUUCUGGAAUUCCCAAAAAGUGUCACACCCCUCCCAUUAUCUGGGUCCUGAGUAGAUUAUGUAAUUCCACUCAUAUACUGUCUGAUAUUUUAUGUCCAAAUUCUAAGAAAGAUUUGGAGAAGUUUAUUUGUUGUUCUGACACUUUCUCAUAGUCUUUAAGAACCAUCAAUAUGAGCCCCACAUUCUUCUAUAUGUGCUUUGCAGAAAAAUAAGCUGCAAUCAAAAAUAAAAAUGGGAUAUCAUUGUACGAUGAGCAUAUCAGGAAAAUGUAUCUUGUCAAAUUCAUCGACGUGAGUGCCUCAUGGGGAAUCUUCUCUAUGAGUGGUGAUCUUGAAGCCGGGUUAGACAUUUUGAUUGAUGUGGUGGUUUCUUAUUCUCUCAUCAAAUCACACGAUGGUUAACUAAUCCAACAGUUAAGGUUUCGACAUCCAGCAGAAGAUCAGAUGAAGAUCCUCUUUAUUUUGAGGCUCAAAACCAAUCCUAUCUUAUACUGAAGACAACCUGAAAACAUUAUUUCACGUGCAAGCGACAGAUGGAUCUUUAAGGUUAUCACGCUUACCUUAUGAAAAUCGGUGACUCAUGGUAUCUUCUUUGAUGCUGAUACUCGAUUGACUCUUGAUGAAUACUCGGAUGCAAAUUGGACACAUAAUAGAGGCUGUUACAUGUCUACAUGAGCUUAGAUUGUCUACCUUCGUAAGCAGCCUAUCUUGUUAGCCUCUAGGAAGCAGAAAAAUGUUAUGUUAUCAUCGACAGAGGCGGAAUACGUAUUCCUCUGUUGCAGACACGUCAACAUAACUUUGAUAGAUUCUGUCAGUGGUGAAAGAAAUUUGUGUCCAACUCCCCUAGACUCCUGUGAUCUUUUGUGAUAACAUUGGUGAGAUUCAGCUUUGUGUCAACCUCAUUUUUUAUACUCGUAUGAAACAUGUUGCACUCAAUUAUCACCUCAUUUAAGAAUAGGUAAGGUACAUAGUGUCUCUUUUUGGGACUUUCAUGUGUGUUCAGCUGAUCUGAUAACACUUAGAUUUAUAUGACAUUAUCAGAUCCUUAAAAAAAUAUUUGAGCCAAUCAUACCGUUCUAAAGUUGUAUAUUACAAAUAUAAGAGUGUAAAAUUGCGGUAUUUCUACAAUUACAAGAUUUAAAACAAAGGAGUUGUCAGAAACCAUAAAUAUACGGUGAGAUGUAAGAUUAUAAUAGGGCUUUUAGUAAUAAAACCCCUCAACUAAAGAUGGAUCGUAAAAAACUCUUCAACUAAAAAAUUGAUGAAAGAAACUCUCAACUUUAAUUCUGUUAACGUAUGUCCCUCCGUUACGGUAUUUUAGAUGGAGGGUGACAAACAUUAACAAAACUAAAGUUGAGGCUUUCUUUCAUCAAAUUUUUAGUUGAGGAUUUUUUUACAAUCUAUCUUUAAUUGAAGGUUUUUAUUACUAAAUGAGAUUAAAUGUUUUAAAAUCUUUAUCAUCACUUGUAUAUUAUUUAAAACUCUUACAAUUGAUUUAUAAGCCUUUAAACUAACUUAUAAAUUCUUAUACAAUAUUUUAUCAAUUUUAUAAACCAAUUUGUAAAGAUUUAUAAAUAUUUUAAUACUUUACAAAUGAUUAUAUAAGGCUUAAAAUGAUUUUAUAAACUCUAAUAAUUUCUGCUACUAGUUAGGAUGAAAUAAUACAUGGUUAUUCGUGAUGUUACGAAAAUACGAAGUAAAGCAAUAAAGCUUUAUAAAGGAGGAAACACAUAAAUGUUUCUUAUAUUACUAUUGGCAAAUAUAAAAUAAUUUAAAAUUUUUAAGUUAUAUUAAGUUGUAAGUAGUGUAGAGGAUAAUUAAUUAGUUUAGAAAUUCAACCUUCCUACUUAAAGUAUGGCGUCAACUUUCUUCUCCUCUUUACAUAAUUUCUGGACUUCGAGCCAUAUUUCUCCUCUUUGAUUUCCGAACCAAUAUGUUAUACUUUUGUCAUAUUAAUCAAUAAAACUAUAUCUUGAUUUGCUUUUUUUUCUUUAUUUAUUUACUUCAUGUUUUUGUAGUAUGAUGAACAACCAUGUCUUUAAUCUUAUAAAAUCAUUAUUAAACCAUAUUAAUCAUUUGAAAAAGUAUUAAAAUAUUUAUAAAGCUUUAUAAAUCAGUUAUAAACUGAAAAAGUAAUGAAUAAUAAUUUACAAAUUAUUAUAAAGGCUUAUAAAUUGAUUGUAAAGUUUUAAAUAAUGCAUAAGUGAUAAUAAAGAUUUUCAAGCAUUUAAUCACAUUUAAUAAUAAAACCUCUCAACUAAAGAAGAAUCGCAAAAUAACCCCUCAACAAAAAGUUUAACGAAAGAGACCAUCAACUUAAAUUUCGUUAAUGUUUGUUACCCUUCGUCUAAAAUUCCGCGAUGGAUGAUGGAAGACAUUAACAUAAUUAAAGUUAAAGGUUUCUUUCGUCAAAUCUUUAGUUAGAGGUUUUAUUACUAAAAAAUCAUUAUAAUAAUAUUAUUUAAAGCAUCAAGUAUUUUUCAAAACCUUAUAAAUUGAAUAUGCUAUUAUUAGAUUGAAAUAAAAAAAAUUUUGAAUUCAUAGAAAAUUUAGGAUUGUGUCUAUAUUGAAUAAUUUAUAUUUUAUAGUUUAAAGUAUGUUUUAUCGCGUAAGUUAGGACUGUGCAUACUCCUAUUACAAGCUUCAAUAAAUAUUUUAAGAAUAAAACUAUUAAAACAAUAUUAUAUUAUAUCUUUGACAGACGAUAAUCCAAAAUAAAUUAAAUAAAUAACAUCAAAUAAUAAAAACAUGUUUUUUUUUUUGUUUUUAAACUAGUCCACAUGAUUAUGUGUAUCUUAUCAAAUCUCCUAAAUAUAUGUUGUAUUAAUGGAUUAUAAUCACUUAGUAUCUCAUUACUUAAUUGAGACUCUAACAACAUCAUGUAGUUAAACUAUUGCUUCUCAUCAAAGGAGGUUAUCGAUUCAACCAUCAAUCCAUAUUGUGGUAUAUAAAUAGCAUCUAUACCCAGCAAGAUUGAUAAUCAAAGUGAUAAUGUUUUACGAAUCUGAAUGUAUCCCAUUGAUCAAAAUGAUUUUUUUUUAUCAACAAUCAAAAUGAUAAUGUGAUAUAAAUCUAAGGGUCUAAAUGGUUACAUAGGGAACUAAUGGGAAUAAUCAAUUCUUUAUCAUUCUUUAAAAAUUACACCAUUUAUAAGGAACAUUUGCUGCUUAUGAUUUUUUUAUCAUUUUAAAAAUUUUAAAGAACUAUAGAACAAAAACAUUCUUUAUCAAAAUUGAUAUAGAACAAAAGUAAUAAAUAUUUUUUUUCAUUUCUUUUUAUUUUAUUUCCACCAAUUUUUUUCUAUUCAUUUUUAUUCCCGUUUUGAUGAUCGCCAGUUAGAGCCUGAGUGUUAUUAGAUUGGUUCUCUACUUACAAAGUUCCAUUAUUCGAUAGGAUGAAACUCAGAUCUUUUAAAAAUUAUUUGAGCCAAUCAUACCAUUCUAAAGUUGUAUAUUAUAAAAAUAAGAGUGUAAAAUUGCGGUCUACAUUACAAGAUUUAAACAAAAGAGUUUUCAGGAAUCAUAAAUAUAUGAUGAGAUGUAAGAUUAUAAUAACAUUAUUAAAAGCAUCAUGUGGUUUUCAAAACCUUAUAAAAUUGAAUGUACGAUAUGCCUUUAUUAAAUUGCAAUUAUUUUGUUUUGAACUCAUAGAAAAUUUUAGGGUUGUGUCAAUUGAAUAGUUUAUAUUUUAUAUUUUAAAGUUUAAAGUAUGUUUAUCAUGAAAGUUUUGACUUUGAAUACUCCUAUUACAAGGUUAAAUAAAUAAUUUAAGAAUAAAAUUAUUAAAACAAUAUUAUAGUAUGUCUUUGAGUGGAGAUAAUACAAAAUAAAUUAGAGAAAUAGGAUCAAAUAAUACAAAAUAAACUAGUCCACAUGAUUAUGUGUAUCAUACCAAAUCUCCUAAAUAUAUAUUGUAUUUAUGGGUUAGAAUCUCUUAGUAUCUCAUUACUUAAUUGAGACUCUAACCACAUUAUGUAUUUAACUAUUGCUUCUCUUCUCAUCAAUGGAGAUUAUCGAUUAAUCUAACAUUUUCACAUUGUGUGCUAUCUAAAGAACAUCUAUAUACAGAAAAGGGAAAGAUUAAUGCUCAAAGUGGUAAUAUUGUUGUACGGAUCUGCAUGGCAUCCCAUUGAGCAAAAUAAUUAUGUUUUAUAAAUCUGAAUAUUAUCUGAUUGGUGCUCUACUUAAAAAGUUUCAUUUUCAAUAAGAUAUGAUAAAAGUUCAGUUUUAAGUUACUUGAGCCAAUCAAACUGUUCUAAAGUUGUAUGUUACAAUAAAAAAGAGUGCGAGAAAUUGCGAUCUUCCAACAUUAAAAAGAUGUAAAACAAAAGAGUGUUGUCAGAAACCAUAAAUAUAUAAUGAGACGUAAGAUAUGAUAAUAUUAUUAAAAGUAUCAAGUGGUUUUUUCAAAACCUUAUAUAAGUACACAUAGAGAGACAUCUAAAACAUAAGAAGUUUACAAAAGAGAGAAAAAAAUGGUGAGUUUGGAAACUACUCCUGCUCUUCAGCUCCCGGUCAUUGACUUCACAAGUCCAAACUUAAAACCAGGAACAGUGGAGUGGGACUCAGUGAGAGGCGAUGUCCGGAGAGCUCUAGAAGAGUAUGGAUGCUUUGAGGCCUUGGACGAUAAAGUUCCUGUCCAACUUCGAGAGGCGGUUUUCAAUGUUUCUGAGGAGGCUUUCCAGCUACCUUUAGAGACUAAACAGAGAGUUGUGUCAAAGAGAAAAUACAGAGGAUAUGUAGGUCAGAUUCCAACUUUACCUCUUUUUGAAGUCAUGGGCGUUGACUUUGCAGAAAAUGAAGAUAAAGUAAACGAAUUCACUCAUAAGCUCUGGCCUCAAGGCAAUGCAAGUUUCAGCGAGGCAGUCAUGUUAUUCACGGAGAAAGUAUCAAAACUUGACUUAAUGACCAGAAGAAUGAUAAUGGAGAGUUUUGGGAUCAGUGAAAACUACAUAGACAAACAUUUGAAGUCGACGAAAUGCCUCAUGAGAAUGAUGAAGUACCAAGGAGUUGAAGAAGAAACAGAGGAAGAGUUGGGUAUGGAAGUUCAUACAGACAGAAACAUGCUCACCAUACUUUGCCAGAACGAUGUAAAAGAUGGUCUCGAGGUGAGGGCUAGCGAUAAUAAGGGCUGGAUUAAAGCCAAUCCUUCCCAGGAUUCUUCGUUCAUUGUUCUUGGCGGAGCUACACUACAUGUACUUCUGAAUGGUCGGGUGUUUACGGGUGUUCACCGAGUGAUGAGGACAGGAACUAAAACAAGAUUCUCAGCUGGAUUGUUCUCUGUUCCUAAAAAGGACCAUUUGAUAUAUGCACCAGAUGAAAUCGUUGAUGCUGAGCAUCCUCGCUUGUUUAAGCCAUUUGAUUUUGAAGCGUACUUUCAGUUUACCACUGAGGGACCUGGAAGGAGAGAUCUAGCUGCACUCAGGACAUAUUGUGGCCUUUGAGCAUUAAAAAUAACGUCUGUCCUCAAAAAUAAGAAGAAACUUUUAUGAUUUGCUUUUCAGUCGUCUCCACCUUUCCAUGUAAACCUAUCUCCAUCAGAAUAAUAUAAAUAAACUUUCACUUUUAAGAUUAUAUUGAGAUCACAUAAGGUUCAUACUACUGAUCGUGACGUUUUUUCUUCUUUAAUCAAUCAUCAAUCACAUGGAGAUAUAUUUCUUGAGAUUCUUACAUUUUAUCUAUUGUUGUUAAUGUGAUAAUAAUGUGUGAGGAGCGCUCAAAUUUUAGGAUCUUGAAUACAAUCUUUGCCAUUUGAAGCCAUUAUCUGUUCUGGAUUUUAUCAGUCGAAUACAAUUAAUAGAUCAUCUUAAUUUCUGUUGUAAUCAUCAGAUAUACCCACCAAAUCAAUAGUCUCAACACGUUCAGGAGAAACACCACAACACCACAACAUCACAAAAGAGCUUCAUUUAUUUAGUAAGUGAGAAUCAGAACUUUAUGAAGUUAAACAAACAGAGAAAACAACAUGCUUGAAACGUUGAAAUCGUUGCCGAGGAGCUGCCUAGACAUGAAAUUUAUUUUGAUAUGGAGUGACCAAGUCGAGCUUUAUAUCAAUCCCCUCUGAUAUGCAUCUACAAAAGUUUCACAGUUACAAUAAAAAA